AUGUUAUAUGUUCAAUUGUUUAUCUUGUCUAUUAUUGGCUUCAUAGGAAUUGUAUUCAACUGGCUGCUUAUUUUAGCAAUACAACGAAAAACCUAUCAUUAUCAACAUUCACAACGAAACCCAAGUCCAAUACCAGUGAAAUCAUUACUCCGAGCACGUUCGUCUGUAGCUGCACAACUCAUUCAACCACCCUUACUACCAUCUGUACGUUCAUCGAUAUCAAUAUUCGAUAAAUUUAUAUUAGCAUUUCUCAUCAAUGAUAUAUUUGUAUGCAAUUUCUUAUUACCAUUACGUUUAGUUGAUCUUUCGAAAGGUCUACCAUUUGGAUUUCUAUGUUUUAUACUUAAAGCUUUUGAAAAAUUAACAACAAUGAUUGAAUUAAUUAUAAUUUUUUCACUCUUGAUAAUAUCAUUGAUUUAUUUUUGGAAGAAACAUUUAUUAACAGAAAAAGUAUGGUUCGUACUAUUUAUACUUAUGUUACCUAUUUUAGUUACUGGAUUUUUACCAACAUUAACUUAUAUUGAUGUCGAAGAGCAAGAGUUCAACAAGCGACCUCCAACAUGUAAACAAGUCUAUAUUUACAUUGAUUUAACUACAUACAAAACAUUAAAUCUCCUUUGUUGCUUAAUUACACAUCUUAUGAUUUUUAUAAGUUUUAUUUUACUUAUUAAAAUGCAAUCGGCUAUUAGAGUCUAUAAAAAAAAUACAUUGAAAAAUCUUACUGAAGCUGCAGUCGUCUCAAAAGUUGACGUAACAUCAUUGGAACAAGGUGCUCAUGAUUAUAAUCGUCAUCGUUCAAUGUAUUACUCUGCGUCUAUAACAGUAGAACCAAUGAUAUCUGGUGGUUUUAAUGCAUCAGUUAAAACUGCAUCGGAACCUAUUGAUUACGUUACUUAUUUAGCUGUGACUGAAAAUAGUCACACGCUGUCAAACCAUUCUGUUAUAUGUCAACCAAUGAAAAAUAUCGGCAUCAUGUAUGGGCUAUUAUAA